AUGCUGAAGGAUGCAUACAUUCAUGUCGAGGUGGCUCUGAAACACAAGAAGUUCCUGCAUUUCGGUUUCCAGGGGAUAGCCUAUGACCGCGACAGACUGCCGUUUGGCUAUUCCCUGGCCCCCUGCACCCUAAGAAGAUGCAUGGACUCGGCGCUUCAGCCACUGCGCAACCGAGGCAUGAGGGUCUUCAUUUACCUCGACCAUCUUGUUGUCAUGGCUGGCUACAUUUAUCCAAAAUAUCAGUGGGGAAAAGACGGUGAUGAACAGCCACAGCUGACAGUUGACAUUGGGGAACCACACACAGAGGCCCUGGAGGAGACUGUGGACAAAGGUGUAGAUUUGGUUUACUCCCUCAAUGACAGGCCGCCAUGGUACCUCUGCAUUCUGCUUGGCUUCCAGCAUUACAUCCUUGCAUUUGGUGGCAUCAUUGCAGUCCCACUGAUCCUGGCCGAGCCCCUCUGCAUAAAGGACAACAACGCCGCCAAAAGCCAGCUUAUCUCCACCAUAUUCUUUGUGUCAGGGUUAUGCACACUGCUUCAAACAGCUGUCGGUACCAGGUUACCGAUCCUCCAGGGUGGGACCUUCAGUUUCAUCACUCCAACCCUGGCCAUUCUUGCUCUGCCUAAGUGGCAGUGCCCGGCCCCAAAAGCACCUGUGAUGCUGUCUGUGCAGCUGCAGAACAGCACCAGCCCGCUACAAAUGGAAAACUCUGACGAGGUCUGGAUGUCACGGAUGCGUGAGAUCCAAGGAGCCAUCCUGGUGUCAUCUCUGCUUCAGAUUGUCCUAGGGUUUUCUGGGCUGGUGGGCUUUGUACUCAAAUAUAUCGGUCCACUGGCUAUCGCUCCCACCAUCAACCUCAUUGGCCUGUCGCUUUUCAUCGAAGCUGGCAAGAAGUCUGGAGGUCACUGGGGAAUAGCUGCUCUCACGGUCUGUCUGAUCCUCCUGUUCUCUCAAUAUCUCAGCAAAGUGGAUGUUCCAAUGAUUGCUUACAAGGAUAAGAAGUGGAAGGUUUUCCAGUAUCCACUCUUCAAGCUAUUCUCUGCUUUGUUCGGGAUGUGUGGCGGGUGGCUGGUCUGCUUCUUACUGACCAUCUUUGACGUCCUGCCUUCGAAGUCUGAUGAGUACGGGUACUCAGCCAGGACUGACAUCAGCCUGGAUGCUGUGGCAAACUCCCCGUGGUUCCAUGUGCCUUACCCAGGUCAAUGGGGUAUCCCUACGGUGAGUGUGUCUUCAGUGUUGGGUAUGAUGGCCGGCGUCUUGGCAUCUACUAUGGAAUCCAUUGGUGACUACUACGCUUGUGCUCGUCUGUCCGGUGCCCCUCCUCCUCCAACUCACGCCAUCAACAGAGGUAUUGCCGUGGAGGGCAUUGGCUGCAUCCUGGCUGCUCUGUGGGGAACUGGAAAUGGCACUACCUCUUACAGCCAGAACAUUGCUGCACUUGGCAUUACCAAGGUUGGCAGCAGACUGGUCCUCCAGACGACCGGAAUUCUGAUGAUCGUCCUGGGAAUCUUUGGGAAGUUUGGAGCAGUUUUUAUUACCAUCCCAGAUCCGGUUAUUGGAGGCAUGUUCCUUGUUAUGUUUGGAAUGAUUGCAGCAGUGGGGAUAUCCAACCUUCAGUAUGUGGACCUUAACUCAUCCCGUAACCUCCUCAUCCUUGGCUUCUCUACGUUCAGCGGCCUUGUCUUACCUACCUGGUUUCAUUCCAAUCCCGGUAUCAUUGACACAGGAAUAAAAGAACUGGACCAAGUGAUUGUAGUGCUCUUCACCACACACAUGUUCAUUGGAGGGUUCUUUGGGUUUAUCCUGGACAACACCAUUCCAGGCACCGACAAAGAGAGAGGCAUCAAGAACUGGCAAGACAAGGUGCAAGAAGAAAGCAAAAACAUGUGUGACCAGUCGUGCUAUGACAUCCCUUUCUGCAACGGUGUUUUGAAACGGUUUAGAUGUUUCCAGUACCUGCCCUUCCUCCCUUCUUAUAAGACCAACCACUAGGGGUCAUUCAAGUAAUGAAAUGUUAACUUACCCGGUAGCAUUGAUGCUGGCCUAUUAGCCCUAUAAAGCCAAACAGUAGUAAAAAACAUGAAAAUAAGAAACAGAAAUUAUAUAAUUUGUCUAAACUCACUAAAACAUUAUUGGCACAAAAAUUUACAUGAGAUUAUGUUGUUUAAUUGCUUCUACAUUCUUUUUGUUAUAAAACCCUCACUGUGAUGUGAUCCCCCCACAGUCCAAAAAUAUGCAAGUUUGUUGAUUGGCUACUAAAAAAAUGAAACUCUAAAACUUGAGAUAUUUAAUGGAAAUAUAACUAGCUAUUGUUUACCUUUAUAGGGUAGUCUACAUGACAUCUUUAUGCAGCCUGGGGUUGCCAGCACUGGCUUUAACCUUCUGAAACCAUCAUUCAGACUGUACUGCCCACUGCAGACAUAAAGGUACUGAUGUGGGACCAGCCUGGCCCUCUUUAUUAUGAGUAACAUAUGACUCUGAGGGAAAAAAAACAUAAGAAUCCACAGUGAAUGAUGUUCUAUUACAUAAAUAUUAUAUAAUCCUAACCUUAUCUUCUUUAGCACUCCAAGUUAAGUUCUUUUGUCCUUAUAUAGGUUAAUAAAACAUUUGUAGUGCCUGAACAAGCAAAGAGCAGCAUGAUACAAUUAGGAGGAAUCAUCAAUCCUCAGAAAGAACUUGAAAACACAUGAAUUAGAUACUAAUUUAUUGAAAAGAAUAUAGAUUCAGACAGUGAAACAUUUUGUGAUUCUUUUGGAAAGGGUAUUUAUUAAAUAUAUCUUGGAUGUGUGCAAAUCUUUUUGAGAUUUUCAGUAUGUACAGUACCACCACCCAUCCUUUUUGGACAUCACAUUGGAGUAAAGACUGAGUCAAUAUUUGUUGCUCUGAAGCCACUGUUCAGGUGUUAUGAAUGUGCUGUAACUCAAAUGUUUUCAGUAGGAUCAUUACUACCUCAUCAAUAACAGUAACUUACAUAAAACACAUAAUUAAUGUAAUUAUGUGAUGUCUUUAAAAUAACUUUUUAAAAUUUUAAUUAACGUUGUUACGGUUACUGCUUUAUACAUUUCAUUUUGUCUUUUGUCACUGUAUAAAGGUAAA